AUGAAUAUUGUGGUAGUGAGGGUGGAGAGAAUCGUGGACACGUUGUUCAUUGUGGUGGUGAUGUUGCUGAUGAUGGCUGCCUACGUGGGCAUGGGGUGCGCCGUCGAAUUGAGCGUCGUGAAGGAGGUCCUCAAGAAGCCAGUGCCCCCCUUCAUUGGUUUCUGCAGUCAGUAUUUCAUCAUGCCUCUGACGGCGUUCGGACUGGUACGAAUUUUCAACUUGAGUGGGGGCAUAGGACUCGGAUUUUUUGCCAGCGGUUGUGCCCCAGGUGGAGGUGCCAGCAAUAUGUACACGUACAUGUUGGGUGGGGAUACGUCCCUGAGUGUUACCAUGACUGUCGUCAGCACGUUGACGGCGCUCGCCAUGUUCCCGGCUUGGUUGUAUGCUCUUCGCUACUUCAUCCCAGGAGUUGAGGGUACGACUUUCAAGAUUCCUUACUACAACAUCCUCGCAUCUCUCGCCACCAUGGUCAUCCCGUUAACGAUAGGGAUCUUGAUAAGAUUGAAGAGACCGCAGUUGGCUUGCAGCAUCAAGAAAGCCUUGAGACCUUUCUUUGCCUUCAUCAUUAUAUUCCUGUUCACGGUCGGGAUAUGGUCCAACAUAUACCUCGUCUAUUUAUUCUCCGCCAAACUCUUCCUGGCUGCAUGCAUUCUCUCAUACUCCGGAUUCUUACUCGGCGGCUUCUUCGCCUUCAUCUGUCGCCUUCCACUUGCCAGAAUCAUAGCAGUCGCCAUAGAAACGGGAGUUCAAAAUACGGGGCUGCCCAUUUUGUUGCUGAAGUUUUCCCUGAUGCAACCGGAGGCGGAUAUGUCGGUGGUCAGUCCUGUUUCUGUCGCCAUGUUCAUGCCCGUCCCUCUCUGGAUCGCCAUAGCCGUCCUGGAGGUGAGGAAAUGCGUGAAUAAGAAGAAGCAGACAGACCCAAAGGAACCUUUGGACUUGCUGGUUGGUGAUCAGAGACUGACCAACGAUGGUGGCGAAGAGUUGAAUGAUGAGUUAGAUGAACUCGCUAUCAAUAGAGAUCCGAUAAAUAAUCGAUCGACUAAACUUGAAUACUCUGAAAAUGGGAAUGUACCUAAAAUCGUUAUCGAUUCAGAUAACGACUUGAAACCGUCUGAAAAACAUGAAGGCGACAUUUAAUACAGACGAGUUAGGAAAAUCCUUAAUGAGGUAAACGACGACACUCCUAACAUCUAUAUCAAAAUAUAAAAGUUUCAUCUUCUUUUAUUCUAUGCCUUUUUUUAAAAUAAUUUUUAACUGCGUUCAUGAAUGUUAGUUGAUAAAAUUAUGAUGUCAUAUAAUGCUGGAUAUAUUUUUGCUGAAUGGUACGUGUGUGUAUUAAGUUGCCAUUUCUACUAGUUUAUUUGUUUUCUCUACUCGGGUAUUUGCAUUUGUACUUGUGUAUUUCUAUUAUUUGGUAUUUGUAUUCCAAUGUGUGUUUCACCAGAUGUAUUUUUGAAAGCUUCCGAGUGAAAAUUUCAAAAUUGAAUCUUGAAUUUUUGGUUUUGUUUGCAAAAUAUAUCAAAUAUUUUUAAUUGUUUAUGUGAUUAUUUCGAAUUAUUAAUAUUUUUAUGAAUUAUUAUUAUUGUUAUAAUUUUUUAUUUCGUAAUUGAAUAAUUGAUUUCUUGGUUGUUGAUUUUAUUUCGUGAAAAUUUGAUUCAAUGUGAUUGUGUCAAGCAAUAUAUAUAUAUAUAUAUUUGCCAAAUAAAGAGCUCAUUAUGAUUGAA